CCAUACCACUCUGAAGUCCGAACCCUUUGAGCUUCUCGUCUUCGACACAAAUCUCUCUCUCACGCACGCUGCUGUGCAUCAAAUGGAAGACAUUGAAGAUUUACUUGCGGGUGCCGGCGCCGGAGUGCCUCCAGGGUUCCGGUUACCGGUUCCGGCGGCCGUUGGAGUCAAUCCAAAACAAAGGAAAAAGAACGGUGUAACGAAUAAGCUAACAGUAGUGCAAGACUCUUCUGCACCCAAAAUACCUGGCACUCAGACUAUUUACAUCAAGACUUUUGGAUGUUCUCAUAAUCAGGUACAUUGUUUGUUCACUUAAUUAUGCCCAUGUUGAUAAUGUUGAAGUUUGGCAAAAUGCCAAAGUCCCA